AUUUUAAAGGCUUGGCUAAGUAAAUGUUUUUGUUUCUCUUCCUUUUCAAGGAUGAACUGAGAAAUCAUAGCAAGGGAAAUCAGAAUCGUAGAUUUCAGACACUGAUUUUGCUGGGCGAGCAUUCUCUCUUUCUGAUCAGGUUGACAUGGCAACGAUUUGGUUUAUUUAAGUGCCCCUGAAUAUUUUUCCCCUGAAACGGAAGUAGAACCCUUCCACAUAUUUUUUAAAGUCCUUUGGCCACAUCCUGUCUCACUUGCCAGCAGAGAACGGUUUAGAAGUUGGACUAGUAGUAAAACCUGGCUGUGACUGAAAUGCCGGAUAUGCUCUUGCAUAUUCUCUAGUAUCUGCUUCCUGCACGUGUUUCCUGUUUAGAAUUGUUUGCGCAACCCAAAAGUUAAUAAUUCUGCUUCUGAGUUGACUCUAAAAUGGAUGUACCUUGUUAGUGAUCUCUAAAGGUGGAAAGACUUCACUCCUGAGCGUGUUGUUGCUGUGGUCCUGCCUUAAGGGAAUGACACAAUGCAGGGAAUGCUUUCAGAUUUCCUGCCUGAUCCUGGUGUUCUGCAAUUUAUCCUGACACAGGCUGCUAUUAUAGUCUUACUCAUCAUAAUUAUGAAGUGCUUGCAUUCACGCUGCCCCUGGCUUCCCAACUGUAUGAUCGGCCAGGAUGCAGCACAGGAGAACACUGAGGUACAGGUAGACCCAGGGACCCUCGGCUCUACCAGCCUCUCUGAUGUGCCCUGCCCCAAGGCAACUUCCCAGGAAAUGGAAGAGUUCUUCAAAGACCUCCACUCCCCUACAGACAACAGGGUGGUGAGAAAGAUGCUCCUUCACAAGCUUUUGGUCUUCAUGACUAAGGAAGUGGACCAUAGGGGUGCCUGCUUAAUGCUGGCUGAUAUGGGCAUCUCCCUGGAGGUUCCACCAGAUGCUGUGAGCCUGGGCCGCGUUGAGAGGGUCUCCUUGGUUCUGGUGUGGGAUCUAUUGGAUUCACCCCAUCUAUUGGGGACACAGGCUCUAAUCAGUCCUGUGGUGUACUGUGGACCACAUGGUGCUUCCUUCCAGCAGUUGUGCACCCUGAGCUUCAAACAUUGCGCUGGAAGUGGCAAAUAUGUCAGGGUCUAUGGCAGUGACACACAUCUUCUGGCCUCCAAGGAAUGGGAGGAGUUACACAACAAGCCUAGUCGUCGAAACAGGAUAUGUAUCACCCGAGAUGAAUGCCAAAUCAAGCUUGACCACUUCAGUCUCUACACUUCUGUCCUGGAAACCUAUGGCAGACCUGAGGUUCACAAGUGGCUACAACUGGCUGUUUUCAGCUCCCCGCUGUCUCCUGACCAGUCUCAUCAGCAAAUCCGAAUUUACUUUCUCAACAACACACCAUGUGCACUUCAGUGGGCCCACUGCAAUGAAGAGCCAUUCCGAGGCAGUUUAUGUGGGCCAGUGCAGCUCUUUGAGUUUGCCAAUACCAGCAAGGACAUGUUCCUGGUUCUCAAGUACCUUUCAGAAGCAGGCUGGGAAAAUAUAGAUGAAAGUGCUAGCCAAUAUGUUCCUUUUCUUCACAUCUGGCACGGCAAAUGUCCCUUUCGUUCCCUCUGCUUCAGGAGAAAAACAGUGUCCCCGGUUGACAGCCCCAGCCAAAAUACCAGUGAGAUCAUAGUUACUAUGCAUGUGUUUCAGAAGGACCUACAAGAAAAGUACCUCGAAGUCCUUCGUUUGCACAUAACAGAAAGUGGGUGCCAGGCAGAGAGGGUCUCACCAAAACCCUACUGCAAUAGAAUUCCACGGGAACUCUUUGAGCAGCUGCAAAUGUUACUGGAGCCAAACACAGUGAGUGGAAAUGACUGGAGAAAGCUGGCUUCCCGUCUGGGCCUCUGUGGCACUAAGAUCAGAUUCAUGUCUUGUCAGCACAGCCCAGCGGCUGCUACCCUUGAGUUCUUUGAGGAGCUCAAUGGUAGUCUGCAUGACCUAUAUAAGAUCAUGUUGUCCAUGGAACGCCUAGAUUGUGCUGUCACCAUUGAGGCAUUCUUGAAUGACCCUUUGCCUGACUCCCCAGGUUCAUUCCAGAGGGACAAAGAUCAGGAGAACCAAUGCUGUUGUGAAGGAAAUACAACUAGUUUAGCAUCAGAGUGCGACAGCGGGUUGACAGACUUGGGAUCAGUGGAGGAGCGGGACAUUUGUUCCCAAACCACAGAUGAGUAUACAGCAAUCCAGUAGCACUUUAAGAGCUCAGUGCUGGAAAAAGUACAGAUCUGGUUUAGUUAUGAUCAUAGACAACCAUUUAAUAAAUACUGUACUAACGGAGCCUGACACUGUAAAAAAAAAUGAAGUGCAAGGCUGAGAAAAGCACCGUUAUUACCACUCUAUAGAUAUUCUUAAUCUGUAUAUUGUAUACAGUAGGUGUAUAGUGAUUGUGUAACAUUGUUAUAUUUACAAUCAAAACCUGAAUACACUUACUACAAAAAGUCUAGAUAAUCACAUCUAAUAGUAAUUAAAACAGCUGAAGGACAUUAUAAUAAAGGCCAGAGACUUGCAAAACAGCAUGAAAAAGAUUGGAACAAAAACUUUGUAGUGUUUCCUCUUAACUAGUGCAAUAGUUUUGACUGCUUUAUCUCAGAAAAACUGUAUGAUGCCAGCAUCCACCAAGGCAGCAAUUAAAUAUAGAAACCAAGGUAGUGUGCUGAUCAGAAUUCAAGUUUGUGUACUAAAAUGUUUAACAGUGGAGAUUUUUAUAGCAUAUGAGUCACAGUUACUGAAAGGUCAACUUUUUGCUAUCUAUGAGGUACACUUUUAGAAUCACUCUUAGUGAAGCAUAGAGAAGUUGCGACAAACUGGCUGUUAUUACUACUGUAUGCUGUAUAAAUUCCUAGGUACACUUAACUUUCAACAUUUUUUUCCAAACUGUAAAAUCAGUGGUUACCAAAUCACUUGUGAAUUCAGCCUACCCUUGCAAAACUGUAAAGUUAUUGUAAUUUGUUCUGACCCGUCGCAUGGACGCAAACCAUGCACCAUUGUUGGAAUCUCCUUCUCUUUGGUAAAUGGCUCAGGUCAUUCAAGACUGGGGCCUCAUUUGUAAAACUUGUAUAUGCCCUAAAAGAGGCUUGAAAUGUGAGUACAGUUUGCCACAUAAACGUUGGGAUUUAUAAAAGAAAACUUGAUGGGGGAACAUGUACAGUAAAUAUUUAUGGCAGCUCUGACCCAUUGGUAUGCAACAUUUUGGAGAAACUAAGAGAUGACAAAACCCUUUGAUCAAGCAGGAAAACGCAGCCAAACCAGCUAAAUGACGACUUGCACACAUAAUAAUUAGGAUCACUGAGCCGCUAUUAACAACAUGUGUUGAAGUGGCAAACAUAUUACACCUCAAAAAGAACGAAUAUGAUGCAGACUGUAUUUUUUUUCCAUUUUAAAAGGGCUAAUGCUGCAUAUUUGCACUGAAGACCUUUUUGUUUUUUCAUCAGCCCAAUAGGUAAGGAAUAUUUCAGUCAAGCCUCACCCCAUUAUGCCUGCUGGAAGCCAUUAACUGACCGGCAAGGCACUACAGUUUCAUAUUGUGCUAGGUGGACAUACAAAAAAAAACAAAACAUGUUUUUGCCAACAUAAUUGGGUAAUUUGUAGCAGUUCCCAGCAAUUUACUGCACUCAUAUUGACAUAAGGGAACCUAGCAAGAAUAAAGCUUUUGUGACAGUUCCUCUCCAAUAAUGCACAAGUCAUCCAACAUGAGUCAAACUUCACGUCUUGAUGACCUGGGUCAACCAGUGACUCAUUUAUUUUGAGGCAAAGUAUCUUUGACGGACAUGAUGGUGCAAGUACACCAAUGUGAAUGUGAAAGUGAAUGGCUUGUUGGGAAGGUAGCUGGCUCAACCCUCAGUGUUUUAUAUAGUAUGGCCUGUACUAUAAAUUGUAAAAGCAAUCACAUCAUUACAUGAUCCAGAAGAUACUGCCUACUUGCUCAGACGAUGGUGCCUGUCACCAUUUCCAGACCACAUCAUCUUGCACUCUCAGUUGCGGAGCACAGCCAGAUACCCUUGAAUUCAGGAGCUGGGUCUCGAAGCAUAAGGAGGGAGCUGCUCUACUAGCCAAUGAAGUUCUACAGUAUUAUGAUUUUGUAUAUAUGAAGCUGACGAAUGUGCUCAAUAUAUGAAUGUUUCAGGGUAGUGUUCAAGGCACGUUCACAUAUGCAUAUUUGAAAUGUGAUUGUGAUUUAUAAACAGUAAAUUGUGUAGAAAUGUGUGUACACCACAUUUUAUUAAUCAGAUUUUUUUUACAUACGAAUUUUCCUGCUUUUUUUUGGUGUGCACAUAUUUUCACUUGCAAAUCCACACAAAGUUAUAUAAAUGAGGCCCCAAGACUAGUAGACUUCAUCUCAUAAGCUGCAAAAGGCAUGAACUUAACCUUCUAACCUUAUGAAUAGUCUAUAACAGGGGUGGGCAAUGUCAGUCCUGGAGAGCUGCAGUGGCUGCAGGCUUUUCUUCUAACCCACCUUCUUAAUGAGAAGUCAUUUAUUGCUGUUGAAGCACUUAUUGGUGUGACAUUUUGAUUCUUCAUUUUAGUGGUCUUGCUUGUUAAGGUACCCAACCUUAAUUGCUUAUUUCAAUCUUAAACCGCUGCAUUCACUGAGUUAAUGGCUCUUUAUUAGCAAUAAGAUGUAAAUGACAAAGCAGCCAGCAGAUCUCCAUCUAGCUUGUUUACAUUUACAUCUCUGCGUGUUCAUCAUGCACUGUUUGAUUUAAUAAAACACUUAAUAGAAAAUUGUGACAGACUGAAAAUGAUCGGUUUAAGGCUUCAAAUCAUUUGGAUGAUAUAUUUGGAAAGGAAAAA